GAAACAAUUAAUACGUAUACAAAUGAAGUUUCACAAUUUAAUCCAUGUUAACUCUAACAAUUAAUAUGCAUUUAAUAAUAACUAAUAUGAAUUUACUUAUUGUAUAUGUUUUUUUAUUAUGUAGGAUAAUUAGAGGAGACUAUACUAAUUAAAUAAUAUGUUUAAUUCUAAUAAUUGCUCUGUAUUUAAUCGUUGUGCAAAUUUUUUUUAUUUAGGAUAAUUAAAUAAUAUGUUUAGUACGUACUUAGUUUAUACUUUCCCUUUGAUUAAAAUUUCUGUUAAGUACCGGAAACAAACAGAUGAAUCAAAUUGUUGAACAUGAAAUGAAAUGAUGAUAAUUAAGAAACUCCACCGCCUCACGUGCAGCGCCGUCGGUCUUCUUGCACGCGUCAGCCCUCUUCGACGCGCCGAUGGGUUCGGAUCCUUUGUCCCCAGAAUGCGUCUGUCCCCGUGUCCCAGCCAGAAAACGACAAAAUUAAAACGUGCAAAACACGUGCUUCUGUGCCAAAACUCACUCACAGCUUCUGUGCCAAAACUCACUCACAAAAUACUUUUUCUCCCCGAAAGCUUUUUCUGUGCCCUAACCCAAACUCCAGCCGAACCCCACUGCUUCCGUUGUCGACGGUCGCCGUCGACGCCAUCUCCGUCCCCUCCUAAAUUCGACGGCAGCCAUCUCCUUCCCUGCCCGAACUCAACGACACCCAUCAGCUUCAUCUCCCGAUCUCGACGACAAGCAAACUUCAUCUCCCGAUCUCGACGGCAAGCAAACUGCUUCAUCUCCCGAACUCGACGGUCGUCGGCAGCUUCAUCUUCGUCCAGUUCGGUACCUUUCUUCCUCCCCCUUUACCAUUCUUCCUCCCCCUCUCUCCCCUUCUCCAGCCAAGAUCUAAAUGUCUCUGUUAUUUGAUUUGGGUGAAAACGAAGCAUAAGAAAAUGGAACCAAAGGAAUUCUGUGUUUUGAUUUUGAUCUAUAUAUUUGUAGUAUGAUUUACCGUACUUCUCUUUAGAUAGUUUGUUGUGAGGUUUUUGAAUCUUGUUGCUGUUGGGUUAGGGCACAGAAUUCCUUUGGUUUAUCAUUCUUCUAGUAGUUUGCUUAAUUGUCAUUUGGUAUUUGAUUUUAUAAAAUAAAUAUUUGCAUAUCAAGUUUUGUGAUAUUUGCAUAUCUAGGUUGCUACCGCAUUCCCUAAUUUUUUUAAAAUUUGCAUUUCUUGGUUGUUUUUUUUUCCAGGAUCAAGGUAAUUAUUAUGGAAUUGUCGUUGGGUGAAUCUACGAGUUGUCGUAGGUUGAAUUUUGAUGUAAAUGGAGAUAGUAGAAUAUAUGAGUUUGAUGUUAUUGAUGAGGGUAUGAACUCUAGUAUGUUAUUGAUGAAUUCUGACCCAUCUAUCACAGAAGAAUUGAUGCCCAAAAUAGGUAUGGAAUUUAAGACAGAAGAGGAUGCCUAUGAAUUUUAUUUGAAAUAUGCUAAACAAGUUGGAUUUGGCAUUAGAAGGAGUAAAAGCCACAAUGAUAAAUCUGGUAAAUUAGUUGACAGGAUUUUUUGUUGUAGUGCGCAAGGUAAAAGGGGAAAGGACAAACGAAAUGUUUAUGUGAAAUCAAGUCGUCCUGAAACAAGGUUUGGUUGUGACGCUAAAAUGAAGGUUAGUUGUCGAAAAAAUGGCAACUUUAGGGUGGAGCAAUUUGUUAAAGAGCAUAAUCAUUAUCUUUCAAGUCCAAACAAAACUCAUCUCUACAGAUGUCAUAGGAAUAUAUCUUCUUCUGCAGCAAUUCAGAUUGAGAUGGCAAGCGAUGUGGGAAUCCCCCCAAAAACAUCUCAUGAUCUUAUGGCGAGAUAAGCAGGUGGGAGGGAGAAUUUAGGUUUUAUUCCUGAAGAUUACAAAAACAAUUUGCGAUCCAAAAGAACAAGAGAUAUGAAAGUUGGUGAUACAGAAGGUGUAUUGGAAUAUUUACAGAAAAUGCAAUUUGAUGAUCCUCAUUUUUUUUAUGCUAUUCAAGUUGAUGAAGAUGAUUUGAUAACUAAUAUUUUUUGGUGUGAUGCUAAGAUGAGAGCUGAUUAUGUCAAUUUUGGAGAUGUUGUUUGCUUUGACACAACAUACAAGAAGAACAAUGAAGGUCGUCCAAUUGCGUUGUUUGUAGGUGUUAAUCAUCAUAAGCAAUCCAUAAUUUUUGGUGCAGCUUUAUUAUAUGAUGAAACCUCUUUGACGUUUUAGUGGUUGUUUGAUACAUUUACCAAAGCUAUGUAUGAUAAAAAACCAACAACUAUUCUUACAGAUCAAGAUGCAGCAAUGGCAAAGGCUUUAGCUUCCAAAUGGCCUGAAACACAUCAUCGUUUGUGUAUUUGGCACAUUUAUCAAAAUGCCGCAAUACAUUUGAGUGGAGUUUUUUCUGAUUUCAAAGAGUUUACUAAAGAUUUUUCCUCAUGUAUAUAUGAUUUUGAUGAAGAGGAAGAUUUUAUUUCAGCUUGGAAAAUGAUGUUGACCAAGUAUGCACUUGAAGACAAUGAUUGGCUAAGACGUUUGUUUUGCAUAAAGGAAAAAUGAGCUUUAGUAUAUGGACGACAAAUGUUUUGUGGGGAUAUGACUACAACCCAAAGAAGUGAGAGCAUGAAUAGUGUUGUGAAAAGGUAUGUCACGUAUCAACAUAAGUUUUUAGACUUUUUCAAUCACUUCCAAAGAUUGCUUGAUGAUCGUCGAUAUGAGGAGUUAAAAGCAGAUUUUAGAUCAAAUACAAGUGUUCCAUGUUUAGUGUAUCCAAUUGAAAUUUUAAAGCAUGCAAGUUGUAUUUAUACUCCUGAGGCAUACAAGUGUUUUGAACAAGAGUGGUACAAAUCUCAUGAUUCUAGUGUAGAAAUUUAUGAGCAUGUUGAAUCACAUACAAAAUACAAAAUUACUUCUCACAAAAAGAGUUACCAUCAUAUAGUUACACAUGAUUCAUCGGGUCAAAAAAUUGAGUGUAGCUGUAGAAAAUAUGAUUUUGCUGGGAUUUUGUGUUCUCACAUUUUGAAAAUAUUUACGAUGAAAAAUAUCAUGAAGAUCCCAAGUGAGUAUAUAUUGAAAAGGUGGACACGAAAAGCAAAGGGUGGAUACUUUGGAGUUAUUGAUUCAAUUGCAAACAAAGGUAGUUUCGAUCCAAAAACUUGCAGCAAUAUGCGAUAUAAAGAAUUGAGUGGGUUGUCUGUUCAAUUGGUUACCAAGGCAGCGGAGAGAGAAGACACUUAUAAGGUUGUUAAAGAUGGUUUGUUGAGUAUGUUUAAAAUUGUGGAUGAGAGGUUACAAGUUAAUGAACCAACUGUCCAACACUCAAUUGAAAGAGAGUUCGAAAUUGACGAAGGAAACUCUCUUGGAGUCAAAGGAAUUAAAACAAAGAAGAAAACAGUUUCAGGUAUGAGGUUAAAAGGUGCAUUAGAUAAGAUUUCAAAGAAAAGGAAAGCAGCGAGGACAACCAACCAAACUUCAACAAUUAAGCCUAUAGAAGAGCAUUAUGAAAGUUAUUCCAGCAUGCCCAAUGUAGAAUGUCAACGGAUGAUCCAUCAGGUAGCUUUACCACAAGCUUCUAUUUGUGUUUUGGCUUCUCAGAUUUCAAACUGUGAUGAGAGUCUAAUUGGUGCUACGCUCCAAGACAAAGACAGUUUUUAAUGGUUUAAUGCAUCAGGAAGGAUGUAGUUUUGGGACAGACACAAGAUCUCUUGUUAAGAGUUUACUCUCUUAUUUGGCUUAUUUUGCUGCACAGAGUUGGAACUGGUUACUGGAAGAAUGAAGACUUGUUGUGCAGUUCGAAGUUGGAGUGGACAUUGUGCAAUGUGUGAAGAAGAUGUGUAGAGUAUUUUAUUUGUUUGUAACUAUGGAUGAUGUGGCUAAUUUAUUGGAUCUUACAAUCUUACGAUACAUUGACACAAAUUUUUGAAUCUUGCUAAAUUCAGUUUGGAUG